GCGGCUCAUUCAGCGGGGAGCAUCCUGUCACUAACCGGGGGAGCGGCGAGCUUUGCUGGGGGGGGAGCUUUCUGGUUCGGUCCGGUCCGGUUCUUGGCUGGUUCUUCUUAUGGAUGUUUUUCUAGCUUAAAGACGAGGCAGCGAGCCGGUAUUUGACCCAGAAUGUCGCUGAGAAAGAGACUAAAACGGCGCCUUUGUCUGUGAAGCGGGAGUUCCCGCUGCCGGUGCCUUGUAUGAAAGUUAGCAUCACGUUAGCUCGUAUGCUAGGCCUUCCGUUAGCGCGUGAGUUAUUGUUUUAACGGUUUGUUUGUUUUGGCGGGCUUUUUGUUUGUUUGUUUGUUUGCUGAAUUCAAAAACAAACCGUGACAUGAAGAGAGUCAACAGCUUCCAGAGGUUCAUGAACAGACGAGCCUCCGCUAACUGCCGCUACCAGCCCACCUGCUACGAGCAUGCUGCAAACUGCUACACUCACGCGCUCCUCAUCGUGCCGGCCGUCGUCGGCAUGGCUCUGCUGCAUCGCCUGUCGGACAACGGCUGGGAGAGGAUCACUGCCUGGGUGUACGGCAUGGGCCUGUGCGCCCUCUUCCUCGUCUCCACUGUGUUUCACAUCAUCACCUGGAAGAAAAGCCACAUGAGGUCCGUGGAGCAGUGUUUCCACAUGUGCGACAGAGUGGUCAUCUACUUCUUCAUCGCUGCCUCCUACACACCUUGGUUGAACCUGCGUGAGCUCGGCCCGCUGGCAGCUCACAUGCGCUGGUUUGUUUGGCUCAUGGCUGCGGCUGGAACCAUUUAUGUCUUCAACUACCAUGAAAAAGCAACACUGACGGGCUUCAGGAGCUGGCCUGCGGCGGACUCAUCUACUGCCUCGGUGUGUUCUUCUUCAAGAGCGACGGCGUCAUCCCCUUCGCCCACGCCAUCUGGCACGUGUUCGUGGCGCUGGCCGCGGCCGUGCACUACUACGCCAUCUGGAAAUACCUCUACAAGGCGCCGAGCGCCGACACCCUCCUCCAGUCGUGACCACGGCCACGAGCGGUGGAGGAGGGAAGGAGGCUGGACGGCACGUUUAGUCCCUCAACUGCCCGCCGAAGCUGCAACGACAGCCGAAAAAGUUUACGAAGACGCUGACCGUGAAUUGUUUACUGUUUUCUAACGCGGAGAACAAAAAAGCUGUUUUGUACAACUUUCAGUGAGGGAGGUGAGUUUAGACUUUUUACAGUCGACCCCGGCACAUCGACGAGCGUUUGACAUGUUUGAUAGUCUUUUGUAUCACUUGAAGUCGGCCACAUUCCACGUCGGGGUCGGGGGGAAACCUGCAGAUUCAUUCAUAUCAACACGAACACAGAGGACAUCGGACGAGGUGCUAAAACUUCAGCAGGGCUGGGCAUCAUCGCUACCAAAAUAAAACUUUUGAUAUUUUUAUUUUGGAAAAUACAAACAUAUCACACAUUUUUAUCAUCUUUAAAAAAAAGAAACCAAAGAUCCGAGAAGCGACUGAACAAGAACUUUUCGAGGGGAAAGGCUGAAUUCAACCGGGCACGAGAAGCGUUCAGCUCGUCAGACUUUGUUUACUUUCAGAUUUGGUCACUUUCCUGGUUUAUGUGCUUCUAAAUAUGCGGAGGCUCGCUUCUGAACCGGAGCUGGUGGGGUUCGAAACAUUGACUACGAUGGCACGCAAUGUGGCGCGACGGGUAAAGGCUCAACCGGGCAAGGAUGCGACACGUUCUGCACGUUCCACGCCGUGAAAGUUUAUCGUGGCCGUUCAAGUCGGAUGUUUCGAAGCUCACCAGAAGUGCCGAGGUCUGUUUCGGACGCAGUGAGCAACUCGUGUCAAUCUGCAGAAACAACCUGUCCAAACUUAUGAUCAUAGAAAGAAACAAAUUAAUUACAAAGAUUAAAUCUGAGCGAGUUAAAGUCUGGUGAGCUGAACGUGCUCGGUGGGAUUUCCCCUUUUUAAAUUUGAUCUAAAUCAGAAAGUUUCUGAUAUUCGAUGCCAACUUUGUACCACAAAGUAUGAACUUUGACUCCCAGCCCCUCCGACAGCAGCUCAGAGAGAACUUUUCUUUUUGUUCUCCACACUGCAUGUUCAGUUUCUGACCUCGUCGUCUCUUCUGUGAGUAUUUAGCGCCCCCUGCUGACGGGCCGCUGUAAGACUGACAGCAUUUCAGGUGUGUAGGUGUUUUUUUUUUAUUUUAAUUAACGAGCCAAACGACGAGAAUUCUUCCACUUUAUUAUAAAUGUGAACGCUGUGUGUGUGUGUGUGUGUGUGUUCUUUGUCCAGUUUUACAUUUCCACUGAUUGUCACAUUUUGCACCACUCGGACGAGCAGCAGUUGUUUCCCGUCUCACGUUUUGUUGCUUUCCAUAUUUCGACAUUUGACCACUCUGUUUUGUAACGUUUGUAUUUCCCGUCCUCUUCACAAACAAACAAACAAACUGCUUCCUGUCUGUCCCGUUGGCUGUUAAUGGUGCUACGUGUACGUGAACGCUCCUCCACGAUUUCUGAUGGGACUGUAAUAAUAAUAAUAAAGAAAACGUCUGAGACUCCACAAA